AUGAAGACUGCCACCGUUUUAGCCAUUACUGCCACCGCACUGUGUAGUCCUGUUCUCCUCAAAGACCGCGCCCAAACCGGAGCCACAGUUCAACUCGAAAGCCGCGAGACUGGAACCAUAGAAAAGGAAUACACCGAAGGUGGCUGCCGUGAUGUAAUCUUUAUUUUCGCCCGGGGUUCCACGGAAAUCGGAAACAUGGGCUCCAGCGUUGGACCCCCGACUUCAGACGGUCUGAAGAAGAAGUACGGCGAUAACAAGGUGGCGACAGAAGGAGUCGAUUACGCAGCUGGCCUAUCCACCAACUUCCUCCCCGGCGGAGCCGAUCCCGUUGGCGUGGAUGAGAUGAAGCGGCUCCUAACUGAUGCCACCAAUAAGUGUGGCAGCUCCAAGAUCGUGGCUGGAGGUUAUAGCCAAGGAGCUGCUGCCGCUCAUCGUGCGAUUGAGAAUCUCCCCGAUUCAGCCAAGAGCAAGAUUCUAGGAGUCGUUACCUAUGGCGACACUCAAAACCAGCAGGAUAAGGGGCAAAUCCCCAAUUUCCCCACGGACAAGCUGAAGCUUAUUUGUAACGAAGGCGACAUGGUGUGCAAUGGUACCCUCGAGAUCACGCCUGCUCAUCUCGACUAUGAACGACAUGUCCCUGAGGCAGUCGAUUUCUUGACUGGAAAGAUUGGUAAUCUCUGA